AGAAAAAAUUCUCUCUUCCAAAUAUUUAAAGCAGUGCAAUGUCUGGUCGAGAUUCGGACUCUAGACGACACCAUCCUAGGCUCGACUAUGAACCCAGUCCUAAGAGGUCUAGGAGAGAUGGGAAGCCUCAGACCGAAAGAGUUGUGUCCAACACUGAUGUCGGAGACAAACCCGAUCGUGAUGAGAAACAGCUCCGUCGGUUGCAAGAUGACGUACCCCUUGAAGCGGCGUCGACAGCUCCUGAUUCUUCAAAGAUUGGAAGUGCAAUUGUGAGCGAGGAAUCUGAUCGGAAAAACGAUAGGCACCACGAAGGAACUAAACAUUCUUCUGAUCCAACUGACUUGCCCUGCUCGGGAUCCUAUUUUCAGCAUGAUGAACGUCGUUGUGCCGCACAAGAUGGUCAAAGUUAUGGUCGGAGAGCGGCUUAUGAGCGUAGCGAUCGUAGAUGGAGGAGGAGGCAGUGUAGGAAGCUCAUAAACUUUCCCUUUGGUUUCUUUCGUCUAAGCGGUGAGCAUUGUUCUAUCUGUUCCUCCAUUUUCUUGUUCUUACUUUUUAAAAUUUUUGUUUAUAGCUACUGUUUUGAUGCUGAUAUUCUGUUGGUCGGAUUGGAUUAUUUUAGUGCGAUAUGA